CGGCUCGGUUGCCGGAGAGAUGCGUUCACUGGUGCUGUGUGGACGUCUCAGCGCACUGUUUACCCUUUGCAUGUUCAAAAGUCAUGGCUGAACAAACCGGUGAGCAAACAUACAAUAUUUGUUCUUUGAGUCUGUCAAAACGACGCAGUGGUGACAAAGAAAUCAUUGCGGCUGUGGAAUAAUUUCAACGGGAGAAGAAGGGAGAUACUGACAGGUUGAGGCUACGGUGACGUGUUGUUGCACUACACACUGUUCUUCCAAAGGAGUAGGCCUUUCCAUCAGUCAAAUGACCCAGCACUGUGUGUUGUCAUGUGAUGAAGUGUUCAGAUUUGGAGUCCAAAGCAAAGCAGAGUGGACCUCCACACUAUCACCCGCCAGAGUCUCCUGUGGUCAUCCUCUCUGAUUUUCUGUCAAAAUGGCCUCAAGACAGCGGGAUAUUCCAGCACUUGAACCUGGCAAUUCAUCUGGACUCUUUGGUGCUUUAUCAUCUCCGAUGGUAAUGACUAGGCGCAAUAUCAGCUAUGACGAGCUCAUGGAUGCCCCUAUGCAUUCACCACCUUCAGACUUGAGUGUCAACAUCUUAUGGAAAGACCCUGUCAUCCCGCAGCACAAGUUCAGAAACACUACAGAGGAAAGAGAAAGUGGUGGGAAGCUGCUGAAUCUCGAGGCACCAACACCAGCCAAGUCCCCAGUGCCUGUUGUGAAAGCAAAAGCCACCUCUUUAAUGAGCUCAAUAAUGAUCAAGCAGACCCAGGAGAACCUGCAGAAGUUUGAGCACCAGGCAGGGCUGACAGAUGCCAGAUAUUCUCCCCAUAAGGGGCUCUCUGCCGAGGAGACUCGCUUUCACCGGCUGGGUGAUGGCACGCUGCCAAAGUUGAGAAUGCCAAGCGGGGACUUCAAGGAGGACAGGCUUACAACAUCAGCACAAUCCACCCCAAGUGGCACCCCAUCUGUCACUCCCUCCGUCACCCCCAGCGUUAGUCCCCACACAUCACCAGCUGUUUGUCGCAGGACCUGGUUCCCGCUGAGUCCUGCACCUUUUCUUGCCACCCCAGAACUCAACAGUCCCAACCCAAGCACAGACAUGGGAGGAAAUGAAGGAGGAGGAGGAGAGAGAUGGAACUUCUUUGGAACUCGAUCUGUGGUACAGAAGUCCCCCACUGACCCAGGCUCUGAAACCAGCACAGCAGGCUUCUCCCUGCAGUCCUACUUUGGCAUGCAGAAAUCAUCUACCAUGGAUGGCACCAACACCCAGGUCAACUUCAAAGUGGAGGACCCUACCAAAUUCAUGCCCCCCAAGAUUGAAAUCUCAGGCACUGAGGCCAAGCCAGCGCCUCCAAGGCCACACAAACUUAAGCCUCGGGACAUGAAUGUUUUAACACCCUCGGGCUUCUGAAGCCAGGCUAACUGCGUAGUUACACCUCUAUUCUACCUUUUUGUUUUUUGUCAAGUUGCUUAUGUGUUUUCCUGCCUUCCUCUGCCCCCUUUGUCUCCCUGCAAAUUCACUAAGGUAGAGGAUAAUGAAGACCACCUAUCCUAUUUACUCACUCGCCCCAGCCACAUCACUGCACUGUUUCUUCUCCCAUUGGACCGACAUAGAUGGAUUGCUACCUGCUGUUAACCCACACCACACUCUUCUUAUCUCUUCCCAUGCCUUGGUCCAAAUAAAACACCAUAUGAAGUAAAGAUUGCACUGCUUUAUAUUAUUACUUAUGUUCAAUCACAUAAUGGGUUGGCAUGCAUUGCCUGGUGUCCUCGUUCCAUUGUCAGUGAUGGUGUGAGAUUGAACAUGUUGAAAUAUCUUGUCAGUCCUUUUUUUUUUUUUUUUUAAAAGGGACAGUUCUCCCCAAAAUCAGAAAUACAUAUUUUCUUGCUAAACUGAAGUCCUGAAGUGACAAGAAAGUCAACAUUACUACAGCUGAUAUCCCUCAGGCUCAUCAACUCACAACAAAGCACUAUCAGCAAAAUCACUACAGUUAAGAGGAAAGAUAUGCGGUUUUAAUUUUUGGGGCGAACUGUCCCUCAACCUAAUCACUUUAGCAUUGUCUCUCAUACUAAAACUGACCAGCUAUUUCAAUUCCCAAUACUGAGAUGCCUCAUUUGUAUUGUUAUUAUUGUUAUUAUUUUUUUUAUAUAAGCUCACAGAUUUGUAGUUGUGUAGUGCAUUUCUAGCAUGCAUGGUACAGUGCAGGAUGACUGAUGAUUGCAGUGUGUUGUUUUUUGUUUUUUUUUUAAACCAUCUAAGCACAGCUUUUUUUUUUUUUUAAUAUUCUGUGCUAGAGCAUCUUUUGUUACUUUGUGAGAAUGUAUGAUUGCUGACCUGAAGUGAUAUCCCUUUUUAUUAUUUCAGUUUAUGUGCUUUCAGGUUGUUGUGCUUUAAAUCAGCUUUGUUCAUUCUAAAUAGUCAUUACUGUGUUGGCUUAUCACAUUUGGUGAUACAAGUGGUUAUUUUCAAUUUAUAUUUUUUUGCAUUACAAUACAAAUAUCCUUGCUGUUUAUUUGAAAAAGUUCAAGAAUUCCAGGAAGUAAUUGCACAAGGGAGACCAUCUCCCACCAUCUGUAAAUAAAUCUGAUGCUAACGAGCAAAA